AUGGAAAAAGAACUGUAUGUAGAUUCUUAUAUAGGAUUUAAAGGUAACAUAUCAAAUAAUCUAAUAUUAAUUCGAAAAGAAAAAGAAAUAGAUAAAAACGUUUAUAAAGAACAAUUAAAAUAUAUUGAAGAAGAAGAAUGUUUAGAGAAUGAAAAAAAGAAAAAAUUGAAAAGUGUUUAUAAUUUAAAGAAUAUUGAUAUAAAUCAUAAUUAUUAUGAAUUAAAAAAAGAAGAAUUAAAAUAUAAUUUUUUUAUGAUUUAUGCAAUUGGUACAAAUAUAAUAAAAGAAAAUAUUUUAGAUAAUAAUCGAGUAAUAUUCAAAAGUGAUGAAUCAGAAAUAAAUAAAUUAUAUGUUGAUAAAAACAAAAAAUAUAUAUGUUGUUGUAAAGAAAGUAAACUGAUAUCCAAUAUUUAUAUCUACGAUUUUGAGAAUAAAAAGAAACCUAUAAUUUUAUCUUUACAUAAAUUUAGAACUGUUGAUAUUUCAAUAAGUAAUGAUGGGAAAUAUUUAUUAUCAUCUGGAGGACAUGAUGAUAAAUAUUUAAUAUUAACUCAAAUUGAAAAUCAAAAAUUUAUUUAUAAAUGUCUAUCUGAUUAUCCUUACACUAAUAUAUCCUUUUUCCAUAAAACAAAUAAUUUUUUAAUAGCCAAGUUAAAUAGUAUUAAAAUAUGUUAUUAUGACUUUUCUAAAAAAUUGAUAAGUGAAGAAGAGGUCAAUACAUCCAUUUAUAAAAGACAAUUUGUAUGCUUAGAGUUGAAAGAAAAUGAUGAAUACGCAUAUUUAGGCACUACCACAGGUGAUGUUUUGGUUGUCAAUAUAAAAUCCAAAGUAUUGGAAAAAAUUAUACCUGAAAAUUAUUUAUUUGGUAAUGGAUUAAACGUAAUAAAAAUAUUGGAUGACAACACAAUAAUGACAGGUAGUGGUGAUGGUUAUGUAAGCCUUAUAGAUAUUGAAGAAAAAAAGAUUCUGAGAAAAACUAAAUUGUAUGGAUCUAUAAAUUCUAUAGAAAUGAGAAAUAAAUCUACCUUGUUUAUUAGUAUUUAUGAAAAUAUAAUAUAUGUCAUGGAUCUUAUUAAUAAUAACCAUUAUGUAUUAUUAUUAAUUCAUAACAAUUAUAUCAAUGAUUUAUGUUUCCCUUUUAAUUAUAAUUAUAUAAUGUAUACAUGUAGUUAUAAUAGUAUUAUGGCAUGGCAAUUUUAUGAUAAAAAGGUUAUAUAUUUGAAAAAUAUAGACAAAGGUAAAUUUAUUUAUUAUGAUAAGAAAUUUUUAAAUAUACCUACAGAGAAACGAAAAAAAUUAUGUAAAUUAAAUUUAAUGCAUGAAUCAAAAAUUAAUAAUUCAUUAGAACAAAAAAAAAAAAAUAAUAAUUUGCAAAAUUAUGAAAAAAUUAAUAAAAAUUUAAUAUGUCAUAGUAUUAAAAUUACAAAGGAUGGGAAUUAUAUAGCUUUAUCUAUUCAUAAUAAUAUUUAUUUGUUAACAUCUAAAUAUAUGAAAAUUAUUACUGUUAUUUUAAAUUCACAUUAUGAUUUUUGUAAUGUGUUAAUAUUUUAUAAUAUGUAUGAUUUGAUUACUGCUGGAAAUAAUGGAGAUAUAAAAUUUUGGAAAUUUGAUAAAGGUAAAUAUCUUAAUGUUAAUACUAUAAAUUAUCAUUCUUCUAUAAUUAAUCAAAUAAUUCUUUACACGGAUAAAUAUUUAUGUAGUUGUAGUGAGGAUGGACUAAUAACCAUAUACAAUAUUCAAGAAAACACAUUAUUUAAAAAAAUCAUAGAUAUAAAUAAUACAAGAUAUAAACAAAUAUCUUUAAACUAUCAAUAUGAUAUUCUCUUAUGUUGUGGAAAUAAUAAUAUAUUUAUGUAUUAUGAUUUAAUAAAAUAUGACAUAAGUAAAAAUUUUUAUUAUUCUCCUUUCCAUAAUGUACUUUCAUUGGAUAUUGAUAAAAAAGGGAACUAUUUCAUAACAGGUUCAGAUGAUUAUAAAAUAAGACUCUACGAAUUCAAGAGUUGCACUUGUUUAUAUAUAGGUGUUGCUCAUAAUAAUGUAAUUCACAAAUGUCUAUUUACAUUUGACAAUAUGUAUAUCGUUUCGGCUUCAAAAGAUGAAAGUAUAAUUUAUUGGAGGGUUCCUCGUGAAAUAAAAGAAAAAGAAUAA